UCCAGGACACUUCGGUUUGGUUCAGUCAGUGUAAAACAACGGACAGUGUGCGUAUCGUGUAUUGUCUUGUGCCAGUUGAUCAGUCUUUUCCUCUGUUGUUUAUUUUACCUGCUUAUGCUCACGCAUUUUCGGAUUACUGCGUGGCAAGUUCAUCAUAAAGUUGAGAAGCAUGCCGAUCGCUCGGAGUUAAUUGUGGCUGAGAAAGUGUGCGACCUUAAAUGAUUUGAAGGGACGCCGACAGAUCUGGAAGAAAUGUGAUAUAGAUUCGGCUAGACAUUUAUUGCUUCUGGUCUCAAGCGUGGUAAGGAAAGAGGAAUGGCUCCGUCAUUGUGGUUGAUAGCUGCUAUCGCAGCUUUGGGCACAACACAGGCACUCGAAGGGCCGAACAUCUGCACCAGAAUAGAAACGUACACAGUGACGGUAAGGAUAUCAGAGCAGAAACCUUACACGAUACGGGAGAACACUUGGUGCUUCAGCUUUCCGCCGAGAUGCUCCAAAUAUAAGGUCGUGUUCAAGACACUGUACAAAGAACAGGAAUUAACGAAGCAAAGGCCGGUGAAAGAAUGUUGCAAAGGCUACACGGAGACCAACACCGGCGAUCGUUGCAUUCCAAUUUGCUCCAAGGACUGCGUUUACGGCACCUGCAUCGCUCCGGACGUUUGCAAAUGCGAGUCUGGAUACGGCGGGCCGUUAUGCGAUUUCAAAUGUCCAGCUGGAAAGUGGGGUAAGUCUUGCGAAAGGGAGUGCAUGUGCCAGAAUGGAGCUAAUUGUGACCCAUUCGAUGGCAAAUGUUUAUGCACCCGUGGCUGGACCGGUAGCUAUUGUGAUCAAAAGUGCCCUCCAGAACGGUAUGGACAAGAUUGCAGUGAAGUGUGUCGCUGUAGACAUGGUGGGAGUUGUCAUCAUAUUUCUGGGGAGUGUCAUUGUGCUCCUGGUUACACCGGUCCUCUUUGUGAUGAUCUGUGUCCGCCUGGAAAACACGGCGACGAGUGCAAGUCGGAAUGUAAAUGCCAAAACGAUGGUUCCUGCAAUCCCACUACUGGAGAAUGCUAUUGUACUCUUGGUUGGACGGGUUUAGUUUGUGCGAAUAAAUGUCCAGAGGGAUUAUGGGGUAAGAAUUGCUCAGAACCUUGCGACUGUUAUAAUAAAGCUGGGUGCCAUCACAUCACAGGAGAGUGUGAAUGUAAACCUGGCUAUUAUGGCGACAAGUGUUUGAAGAUCUGUCCGGAAGGAACGUUCGGUUUACAUUGUACUAAGAAUUGUACCUGCGAAAAUGACGCAGUGUGCUCUGCAAUCAACGGUUCCUGUUCAUGCAGUCCUGGUUGGACUGGAGAAAACUGCAACGAACGAAUUUGCAGUGACGGAUAUUGGGGUCCCGGUUGUACUAAAGAAUGUAACUGCGCGGCCGAGUUGACAGAACUCUGUCAUCCUUGGACCGGAAAAUGCAUUUGCAAAGCUGGAUGGGAUGGCGACAACUGCGGCAGACCUUGUCCAUUUUACACUUUUGGUAAAGGUUGCCAAAUCCGCUGCGACUGCAAGAAUAACGCACUGUGCUCGCCCAUAGAUGGAACCUGCAUUUGUGCAGCAGGAUAUAAAGGUGAGGAUUGUAGCGAAGUUUGUCCUGUCGGCACAUACGGAGACAAUUGUGCACAAAAGUGCAUCUGCAAGAACGGCGCUACUUGUUCACCUGAGAAUGGACGGUGCAACUGUACAGCAGGAUGGGUUGGUGUAUCUUGUGAUCGUCCCUGCGACAACAAAUCAUAUGGCAAGGACUGCGAGGGUAAAUGCAAUUGCUUUAACAAUGCUGCGUGCAAUCCGCAAAAUGGCACAUGCACAUGUGCUGCUGGUUUCACCGGCAGAUUUUGCCAGGAUCGUUGCGAAAAAGGAUUCUUUGGGCUCGGAUGUGCUCAGGUCUGUGAUUGCCACGAUGACAAUAGUUUAGACUGUGACUCUACUACAGGUCGUUGCAUCUGCAAGCCAGAUUGGCGAGGAAUCCGCUGUGAGACGAAGUGUCCAGAAGGUCUUUAUGGUGAAGACUGUCAUUCACAAUGUGAAUGCAUGAAUAACAGUUCAUGUGAUCCAGAAACAGGCACUUGCAUUUGUGCUAGAGGCUGGGAAGGACCUAAUUGUUCUGAACCCUGCAAAGAAGGCUGGUAUGGUGUGCGCUGCAAAGAAAAGUGUCCAGAGAAAAUGCAAGGUAAUCUGACCUGUGACCAUGUGACCGGCGAAUACAUUUGUCGUCCAGGAUAUUUAGGCUUAACAUGUGAGCAUCCCUGCCCGCCUACUCGGUAUGGUUUAAAUUGUGCCAAUCACUGCCGUUGUAAAAAUGGUGGAGAAUGCCAUCAUGUUACAGGUGUGUGUCAGUGUCGACCUGGUUGGCAUGGAGAAUUCUGUCAAACACCCUGUGCAGAAGGAACCUAUGGCAUAAACUGCACUCAACAUUGUACAUGUCAACAUGGAGGCAAAUGUAGAUCCAACGACGGUCAUUGUCGAUGUGCUCCUGGUUACACUGGCACCAAAUGUACUGAGGUUUGCCCAGAAGGAUAUUAUGGCGAUCAUUGCAUGGAACCAUGCGACUGCAAGAAUGAUUACUUUACAUGCCACCCAGCCAAUGGUUGCACGUGCAAACAUGGAUAUGGAGGUCCAAAUUGUGAUGAGGAAUUAUUUUCACGUAACAUACAACAAAAAGAAGCCGGAUAUGGUAGUAUAGUUGCAGGUUUUCUAUUUGCUGCAGUGGUAGUUAUCGCUAUGGUGUUAGCGGGUUGGGUCUAUCAUAGACGUAGAGUGAGAGAUCUGAAGAAUGAAAUUGCUCAAGUACAAUAUAUCGCCGAUCCUCCAUCUCCGCCAGAACAAACGCAAUUCGACAAUCCUGUGUACGCAUAUCAGGGUACUUCGAAAUUCGACGAUGGAACAACCAGCUUAUUGAACAAUUUCCAGUUCAGAAAUAACCUUGGGACGAGUAAAAAGAUAAACAACGAAAAAAUGCUCGGUUUGAACAGCUGCAUGGACGAGGAUGAUGACUCUAAAGGAUCACUUGAUCGAUAUGAUCUGAAGAAUAGGGACGCAGACAUGGGAAAUCCUAAUCUCAACGUAUACCACAGUAUUGAUGAAAUGGAUGGGAAAAAAGUGGAGCAUGUUUACGACGAAAUAAAACAGAACAAUGAUGAAUCGGAAUAUGAUCAGUUAGAUAACCCAAGACCAGUCAGCAGCUACAAACAGUUCAACCGAAUGCCCAAUGGUUUCACUCCGAAUAUAUCUGAUAGUGCAGGGCCCAGCAAGAUGAAAGAAAAAGACCCAGAAUUGGGUGAAACUUAAGAUUCUCUUACUACUCAUGAAUCAAGCUAAGUUAUAUGUUCUCCACUUCCAAGUACGUGUCUUCAAUGUGAUUUAAAGAAGCAGAUUACGAGUUUACGAGAACUUUUGGUCUUCGCUACGCCAAUACUUUAUAAUUCUCAUAUCAAAGACAGACUUUGUGAUCUGUCAGCUGUGAAUUCUAGAAGAAAAAUUUCAGAUAUCUAAAUCAGUUCUCAUAUAGAAAACAAUAUGCAGGGUGUGGCACAUAACUACCAACACGAUUUUUCAAGCACUUUCGACAGUCUGGCAAUAAAUGUUACGAAUGAAAAUUAAUCAGUAUUUAGUCGAUUACAUAUUGAAAUAUAACAAAUUUUAAAAACUAUUUUAUUUAUUAUAAAGUUAAGUACGCCUAGUAGGAUUAUUUUUUGCAGGGUCACUUGCAGUCAAUAGUCUAUGCCCUACAGUGCACCAAUUCAAAAUAUUGAACAUUUGAAACAGCGAAUCCGCACACCAUGUGAGGAAGUUCGUAAUAUUAUGGCUGCAACUAAUCAUAAUUUACUUACCCGACCGGAUUUGUGCUUACAAGAAAAUGGAGUACACUUUGAGCACUUAUUGUAAAUUAAUUGAAAUAGAAUAGCUAUAAACGCUUUUGUUGUUUAACUCCAGUAUGCUGAAGUCAAGGUCAUCUGAAAGUUAUAAUAUAGUAGGUCGUUGAAUUCAUUUUUUCGUCAGCAAUAACCUUAUGAUGUCAAAAAUACAGGGUGCCAGUUAAAAAAGUUAAGGUGACUUUAUCUUUUAGUAGAAAAACAAUAGUUUUUAAAAUUUGUUAUAUUUCAAUAUGUAGUCGACUGAUUAACUUUCAUUCGAUACAUUUUUUUGUCAGACUGUCGAAAGUACCUGAAAAAUCGUGACAGCAGUUAUGUUCCACAUCUUCUAGAUGUACCCUAAUUGCUCAGUAAGUGCAUGUACAUAGUUAGAUGAUACAAAGCGAAUAGUUAAAUGAAUAUUUUAUUUAUGAAGUUCAUACACUCAUAGUAAUUGUUCAUCUGUAGCAAUAUAAAAUGCCUUUUUAUAACGCAACAUUUAGCGUUGUCUGAUGCAAUAUUAUUAUAUUAACUAAUGUGCAUUAGGUGGAUAUAAUGAAAUCGGCCUUUCACUAUUCGAAAAAGAGUUAUAUAUAGAAAGAGCGAUAGUACUGAAUUUGUAGUUAUCUAAUUAAUUCAUAUUUGAGAGUAAAGAUAAAAUACUUGAACAAAAUGUCUAUAAAAAAUGUACAUAAAUUUAAUAAGGAUCGUUAACAAUUUGGGAUGACACUUGUUAUCAGAAUCUUAUUUUAUUUUGUAUUUUAUUCAUGUUUUUCUUAGACAUAUCAUGCGACACUUAUACACAUUUGCUGUGAAUGAGGUGUUAAAAGUGUUGAUAACAUUUUACCAAGAAUUUAUUAUAUUUACAAUUAAGAAAAAUAAGUAACAAUCAUUUGAGAUACUAUUGUAAAAUGCAGCAUAUUUAUUCCUUUUAUAUUAAGCAAUAUCCGAAGCCUAUUUUUUAAUUUCUAAAAAACAUCUAUUUUUACGAUUUUAUAUAUACUAUUUUUAUUCUUAGAUGGAUUCGUGAAAACAGAUUGUUGUGAUUUGUGAUCAAUACAUGUAUGUAUAUAUGUGUAGCUUUAUAAAUACAUAUAUAUACGUACAUAUAUACAUACAUAUGUAAAUACCAUUAAAUUAAGGUACAAUGUAAAAUUCAUGUUCUUUGUAAUACUGUAUCGUAGAAUUUUGUGUGAAUUACACAUUCGCUGCACGGGAUGGUCUGUAUCUCGUGGAUUUCAUGAAACUCAAAACCGGCGACGAAAGCCAAUAGAGUCCACCGAAAAAUAAUAAAGCUGAUGUAACAUUCAUACAAAAAUUUAUACCUGUAAUAAAGAAGUCGUUUAAUUCGUUCUACGAUCUGGAA